UGCAGCAGCGGUUGGGUUACUUUGGACCACUCCCGUAUUCUUUACAAAGUCUUUGCUCUUUACACUUUCUGCCGAAACCGAGGAACAUGUCUUAUGAACUUGCAAGCGAUGGCAAUUACAUCGGAAAAGGAAAAACUGUGCCUAUGGCUCCAGCUCGUCCAGAAAUUCGUCGGGAAGCGGAAGACUGUACAAGAAUGCAGAGAACGUCUUCUUCAAGCUGGUUUUGAAGAACUGACUGAGACUACCCGCUGGGAUAUUAAGCCCAUGGGAAAGUAUUUCGUUACAAAAAAUCGUUCGGCAAUUAUCGCCUUCGCUGUUGGUGGUUCAUAUGUCCCAGGUAACGGAUUCGCGAUAGUGGUUGCUCAUACCGAUAGCCCGUGCCUUCGCGUAAAGCCAGUUUCAAAGGUGCAAUCCGAGAAAUUCAACCAGGUCGGUGUAUCGACUUAUGGUGGCGGCCUCUGGCGUACCUGGUUUGAUCGCGAUCUCUCAGUUGCUGGAGAAGUUGUCUUCAGAGCAGGAGACACUCUUGCUCGGCGGCUUAUCAAUAUUGAUCAUCCCAUCUUGUACAUUCCGAACCUGGCAAUUCAUCUAACAAAAGAUCGAGAGAAUUUCACUUGUAACAAUGAAACUCACCUUCGACCUAUUCUUGAAACUUUCGCUAUGGCCGGUAUAAAUUCUUCUAAGAAGGAUCCCUUGUUGAUUCAAUCAGAUGCUCCAAAAGAUCCACGUGAUGUUGUGGCUGACCAUCAUGCGAAUUUCCUCGAUCUCGUAGCAGUGGCUGCUCAUACCACUGCAGAUCAAGUCGUCGACCUCGACCUCUAUCUCUACGAUUCAAAUCCGGCGGUUGGAUCUCAAACUGCAAUGGGAGCUCAGUCGUCAUUCACUGAAUACGUUUUGAGACGUCUUGCUGCUGGCGGUGAAGGAUGUUCAUUUGAAGAGGCUAUUGGACGCAGCAUUCUGGUUUCAGCGGAUCAGGCGCACGCUGCACACCCAAACUAUGGCGAUCAACACGAGACGAAUCAUCGCCCCUCCUUUCACGAAGGUGUUGUUGUGAAGGUUAACGUCAACCAACGUUACGCUACUACAUCUACGACUCACGCCGUUUUGAAACAAAUUGCUGCGGAAGCAAACGUACCUUUGCAGAAAGUAGUCGUUCGGAACGACUCGCCUUGUGGAUCGACAGUUGGUCCUAUAUUGGCGGCUCGCCUCGGUAUACAGACAAUUGAUGUCGGCUGUCCCCAGCUGGCAAUGCAUUCCAUCCGCGAAAUGAUCGACACAAGCAGCUUAACCCAAGCAACUAGGCUUUAUGCGACAUUCUUCAACAGGAUGCGGUACGUACUUCCAUCGCUGAUGUAA